AUGGGCUCGUGGCCCGGUGAGUAGAGGCGUGGACUUCUAAACCAGCAGGUCGCGAGUUCGAGGCUCGGGUGUUCCACACGUCGGGUUGGGUAUGGCUGGCUGACGACGGCUAAUAAGCCAGAAAUGGGCAUUCCAGUGUCCCUUGUCUUUGUCGGUAAUAUCAUUCUACAUUUAGAGUCGUUUACCGGAUCUGGUGCGAUUACGUGCUAAGCAACUCUGUCGGGGAAACUGUAGGACUGCACUGGAGACGAGUCGUCAAACACGCGGCUACGGUGCAGGUUAAUGGCGCCAACUCUCAAAUCGCGGCCCAUUCGACGAGAGCCAACCAGACAUAAAAAUUCGAUGAGGCCGACAUUAUCGCGAGAGCCGAUAGUUGCGUGAGCCGCGAGUUGCUUCACUCAAGUUACCCGAGAUCUCAGUCUAUCAACAAGUGCAAUGACAUUCUUACUCCAAAUUCGGCGCUGAGACUUAGGUUGGCCAAAGUAAUCAGCCACUCGGGGGAGCGAUGCCGGUGAGCAAGGCGGUCGAGCAGUCAUCACACCAGCACCCAACACGGUGACGAAAUUUCAGCAACUAAACACUUGCAUGCCGACCACCAAGCAAUUACCGCGAUCGUAAUAUUUUAGGGUUGACAAAAGACGUAAUGGUCAAGUUGACGGGACAGGAAAGGCACAACAUAACCGGUCGCAGUCCGCUUAGCGUCCAGGAGAGGAGGGGAUAUUUAAGGCUCUGGGUGUCAUCAAAGCGCAGAAUAAUGCGAAUAUGGUACUUACUAAGUAGAUACUUCAUUAAAGACCCCUGGUGUUCCAUCAUAAAAAGUUAAAAUAAAUUUUCAUAUGAAUUAUAUCCCAGGUAAACAUAAUCUCCACAGUAUACAUUUCAUGCUUUUUGAACAAACAGUUUGGUCAGAAAAGUGAUUAAUGAACAUUGAAAAAACGUCAUUACCUAAUAAACAAAAUGAAUGUUAUUGGAUCAAGUUUAAAAGAAAAAACUGUUGUUCAUAAAAAGAUAAGAGUGAGGGCAGGACCGGCCUUCAUGUGGUAGUGUUUGGCAGAUUUAACGAAAGGGCAAGUAUAUGGGUCAGACAGGACUGGCCUGCAUGCGGUAGUGUAUAAGGGAUUCGAUGAAGACAUCGCGGAGGCAGAAUUCAUACACCGGAUGAGGCUAUUCACAUCAAAUUGGCGAGACGAGAGGAACCCAGACGUGGUCGGUCACAGUCCACCUACAGUCCAGCCGAGGUUGUGGCAAGGGAGAUACGACCAUGGGAUCUCUUUGCUGACCGAUCAAACUACUAGUAGAUGGCGCAUACAGAGGACCCCGCCAUGAGCGUCGACAGACCGCUUAGGGUCGAAAUGAAAUGACAUCAAGAACGACGAAAAUCAUCUCUGUGGGGAGGAGUUAUAACGGUGGAUUUAGUAGUCAAGACUCUGAUGAUGGAAACGAGAAAGUUUCCGAAGUGUCAGUAUUAAUAUAACUUGGUCCAUGAACUCGCCCUCCCUUCUUCGUCUUCGGGGAUGAUAAACACAAUGCAUAUGCAUACAUAUAUGUACGUAUUAGGAAGGUAAAAUUUCUUGGGAAACUGCAACUUUUAUUGCGUACGUUUUGGAGACUAGUCCCUCAGCUCAUCUUCAGACUAUGUGUGCGGAAAAAACUAUUUGCUUCCUAACUGAUUUUAACAAAGGACCCAAUGAUUGGUCAACGUCUGUGCCAGCACGUGUUAAUUGCAAUUUGUCACCUUUUCGGGAUUGGCUGAAACAGCUUUAAUUUUUCUUUAAAGAUUUUGCAUGUGGCAUCUAAAUUGAUAUGCCGAUUGAUGUAUGACUUGUCUGAGUGCAUUGCUUCCAGGAAUUCGCGGCCCCUCACUAUUAGGCAGGCGCCAACAAUGCAGGUAUUCUCCCAUGUAACUUUGUGUCCAGUGUCCAGUGUGUGCAAAGACACCUGGAAUAGAGGAUCUCGUCUCCUCACCUCUACCUGAUGUUCAUGAAUACGGGUCGGGACAGAUUUCUCAGUUUGGCCACAACAGACGGCAUCACAAAUAUUACAUGAGAUCUUGCAGACAACAUUUUUUCCAUCGAGGUAGCCAUCCCUGUCUUUAGGGUGUACAAUUAGUGUGUAAGGUAGUUGCUGGCUGGUGUGCUACGUGUAUCUGGUGUUUUUAGCUGCCUUUCGACUAGUCCAAAUGCAUUUUUCACGUGCGGGAGAGCUCGCCAGGUGAUUGGUUCUGGUGCCCGACCGGCCUUAGCCUUGGAAAUACCCCUUCCCUUGAAUUGCUGGUGCCUCACGCAUUGACGUACAAGAUCAUGCGGGUAGCCAUUUUGGAAAAAUAGUUUGUGGAGGUAUUUCAUUUUUUCCUCAUAACCUGUUUAAUUAGAGCAGUGAAUUUUGACUCAACUUAGAAGGCAGUAAACUGUCCUCCGUUUUUGAGAGACAGGGGGGCUACUCUCAAAAUGUAGGAUGACCUCUGAAUAUACUCCCUUGCGAUAAACUGAAUUGUGAGGUCAUCAAUCAGUUUUUCGACGUAUAAGGACAUAAAAGAGUGGAAGAUGUCCAUCAAUCCCGGCUUCGAGAGUAAACUUGAUUCCCGGGAAUGUUGGGUUAAGAUUCGUGUGGAGCAGCAUUAACCAGUUUUUCUUGACAAUGACAAAUGAGCCUUUUCGCAAUGACGAAUGAGUCAUCAACGUAACGCAGCCAUAGUGUUGGGCUAGCACUGGAAAGGGCUAUAGAUUCCAGUUUCUGCUGGAAAAGCGGGCAAAGGAGAACCCAUUGGAGGACCGCUCCAUUGCCGGUAACACUUUUGCAAAAAUUUAGUUUCUAGACAAAUAACUAGUGUUUUAUAGUUGCAACUUUUUUAUAGCAGUAAUCAGAAGACGAGGUGGCGAGCAUACUUAACCUUCGAUAAAUUCUCGUCGGGCCAGUACAAUUUCAUGGGAACGGGGUAGAAGUUAAAACAUGUCAGUGGUAAACUAAGUCGAAAGCGACGUAUGCUCGCCACCUCGUAUUCUGAUUGCUGCUGCUGGAAUUCUCGCAACUCUAAGAAGUCCAAAGAUCCCACGGUGUUGAGGGCACACAAUGGGUACCUUCAUUUCAACACCAAGCUUGUGGAGGCGAACGUAAUGGUCAAGUUUAUCUAGGAAUGCAUUGAGAGAAACGAAUAUACAAACCACAACUGAAAAGCGCUGAGGCGUAGCCUUACCGUCCUUUCCACAGAAACCCUGAAAAGAUACGCUGAGAAUCAACUGGAAAGUACCCUCAUAAAGAUAGAAGAACUGGAGCGAUCUACUCAGAUGAUGUGUCAGCCCCACUAUGGCAUGACGGCACACGUCACGCACAAUAGAGUUGUCUCAGAGGCAUUUGCGCUGAUCAACGGAAUGAUUUCGGGCUGUGUCCUCGUGUGUACCAUAUUCAGUCUCAUGUUCUCAGCCAUGCAAAUGGACGUCUGUCGCGAAGAACGCUCAGGGACCUGCGUCGCCUAUAGGACACAUGGUCCACUCUUCAAUAGGCGGUGGAUGAACUUCCACUCGAGUGUAUUCACAACUUCCGUCCAUAAACUUCCCUUCCCCAACGACUGCGCUCUCAACGCCAUCUCAGAAGGGGACAUGCAAAGGGGCAUGUACCUCUUCGCCGCCACCUGCAACAACUUCGACCUCAUCAUCAACACGGAGAAGACGGUGGUUAUGCAUUAA